AGCUUGCUCUGCUCCGCUUCCCCAGUUAUGGCGGCGGCGGCGGCGGCGGCGGUGGCGGCACCGGCACCUCCUGCUGCUGCUGCUGCUGCUGCUGCUGCUGCUGCAAUUGUUGUUGUUGUUGCGGGGAGGGAGAAGGCAGAGGGGGGAGGGGACGUCCCCUCCCCCCCGCUGCCGCCACCCCCCCGCGGCCAGAGAGCAGAUGAUAUUUUAGAUGAGAUGACAAGAAAAGAACUUUGCACAGACACUUACUGUAAAGUGUGUGGGGCUGUACUGCAGUUUGAAUCUCAACGAAUAGCACACUAUGAGGGCAAAAGACAUGCACAAAAAGUACGACUCUAUUUACAAAUGCAUAAUGAACAAAAGGACAAGCUGCAUUUGAAUUUCCAGGAGAAUCCAAAUAUGGACAAAAAUAUGUAUUGCAGACUUUGCAACAUGGUCUUCACAUCUCCAGUUGUUGCUCAAUCACACUAUUUGGGAAAGAUUCAUGCCAAAAAACUGAAGCAGUUAUCAGAUCAGACUCCGCCCAUACAGAAUGUGCAGUCAGAACAUGAUUCCUCUGCAACUCCAAUUCUGCCAGAGGCAUCUCUUGAAAAGAACUUGCAACAGGAUGUUAAUUCUGAGGACUUAUAUUUAUCUAGUAGAACUGCUUUGGAUUUAGAUGAUCCAGAUAAAUAUUGCAAACUCUGUUCCGCACCUUUCAACAACUCGUUUAUGGCCCAUCAACACUAUGUAGGAAAAAAGCACAAAAGAAAUGAAUUACGUAAGAAAUUGGUGGCUGAGAUUGGAACUCAGGCUAUACCUCUGGAGUCCAAAACCAAUGCACUUGGCGUGGGCAACUAUGUAUGUACAACAUGCAAUAUCAGCCUCACAUCCAUAGAGAUGUACCAGUCACACAUGCAAGGAAAUAAGCAUCAGAUUAAAGAAAAUAUGAUUGCCACUUCUCUGAUGAAGAAUUCCAAUAAUACAAACAGUUCAUUCCAAGAUGAAUUGGCAGAUUACAUCAAAGUACAAAAAGCAAGAGGACUGGAACCAAACAUUAAUUUUAGAAAGGCCGAACAAAAAAUGUGUGAAGCCAUUAAUGGUCAUGAGGAGACCUUUGCAUCUGACCAAGGUUUUCUUUCAAGAAAUGUUUACGAACCAAGUCAGCAUUCCACUUUUUUUCCAGAAAUGGACACAGGUUCAUAUUCUGUUGGAAGCAGAGUGGCACACCCACCAGUGCAAAAAUACCCAGUAAAACUAGAAAAUGUAUGUACAUACAACACAGACACUGAUUCUCAAAAGCAAGUGCCUCGGUUAACUAUCUACAGAAAUGACAACUACAAACCACUAUCAGCCAAAUCUACGGACAGCUACAAGUCUUUGUUUUCAAAUAGCUCUAGUACUGACAAGGGAAGCCGUAAGCUGCCAAAGAAAUCAAGAGCCAAAAAAGAACGGCCACAAGAGGGAGAAGGAGAUCGUUCAACUCUUAAAAGAGCAGGAGACAAUCAAGAUACAGAGUUAGAAAAAGAUGGUAAGAAGAAAAAGAAAAAAAGUCAUAUAGCUGGGUCAAAAUCAAAGCACGGUAAAGUAAAGGGAAGUAAAGAUCGUUCUUCUGAAAAGAAAAGCAAAAGACACAAGAAGGAGAAAAAGAAACAUGAAACCAGUGCAGUUACAGAAGAGGACAUGCUGUGGAAUGAAUCGGUCUUAGGAUUUUAAUUAACUGUUAAUUGUUGCUUGAAGUUUGACACAGGUUUUUUUUUAGGUUUUAUUUACUGGCUACUUUUUGCUACUUCAGAAAUAAUGAGUGAAGGAGAUUAAAAUCAUUAGAGAAGAAAUUGAAGAAAUUCUCCAAUAUGAUUUCGAGUAUCCUUUAUAUUCAAAAAUGCUUCUACCCAAAACAGGAUUGAAUAUAUUAUUAAAUAUUAUUAAAUAUUCUUCCAACAUUUCAUAUUUGAUACAGAAGCAUAUAACUUCGUAAGUUCCAUUAAGUACGUAUUGUUCUAAACUUUAACAGAGAAUAUAAAAAUAUGAGACGGGGCUGGAUUCUACCCCAAAGUAGAUAUUUUUUUCUUCCUGCAGAUAAUAAAGAAAAAAAAAGCAUAUAAGAGAUAAUUUGUGUAAUGUUUUCCCUCCAUAUUAGUCAAACCCUUUUUUGAGAGCACAUUGGUGGAAUGCUCCUAUUUUAGCUUAAUUCUAGGCAAAUUAGGUUAACCAUUGUGACAGGCUUUAUUUAACAGUAAAAUGAAUAUAUAAUUCCCAAUAGUUUUUCUGAAAUGUUUUGGCAUUCAAGGAUUUUUAAAUGUAGUUAU